UCAAUUAUUACUUCUAGUCACCUGUUUGUCAUCGGGCAUUCAUCUAUUUGUGAUGUCACCUCCAAGGCGUCCGACGCAAUCGAUGAGUGACGAGUUCUGGCGAGAGAUUGGGACUCCACUUGAGAGUAUCUAUGCUCUUCGCGAGACAGCUUCAAAUCUGAUCACGACUAGUUUUUACAACAAGCUAAGAAUGAGUGCUUACAGCUUUUGCCGUACUUCUCCUCCAUACAGUGCUACUACCACAAGACCUAUUAGCACUUCUUUAUUUGGACAUGGCAGGAACAGCGACCACCCAGUUCCGGAUCUCUACUUGAAUUUGGACAAUUUUCUGACCAACUUUACGAGGCACAUUUUUGAGGAUCUGUCGUACCGUUGGGGUGAGAAUUUGCUUCGUGAGUAUUCGAAAGGCUGGACGGCAUACAAGAAAAGUUCAGAAGACGUUGCAAAGAUUUUCGACGAUCUUAGCACUAGUUUGUCUUCUUCUUUCUUUAUGGGAUACUAUAAAAUGGCUCUCCAAGUUUGGGAGAGAGAGAUUAUGCGAAAGACCUUCCGAAAAAUUACUACAGCUGCACUUUGUUACGUCGAUCGUGCACGUGAUGGACUUGAAUUCCAGAGGAAUUUGGUUAACGAUUUUGUUGUCUCGUUAGUUGCGGUCGGUACUCACGAAACCGGAGACUAUAACAUCGAGUUUGAAACGUACAAUGGUGUUGUCGAGGUCUUCAAAACACUUUCUACCGUCUGUCAUUAUCCACUUUACCGGGAAUUAUUUCUAAAACCGCUACUCCAUCAAACUUACCGGUACUACGUUGAUUGGUCAUCUAACUUCUUGAAAGACGGCGAGUUCUCUGAAUACUUGGAACUGGUGAAACUUCAUUUUCUUGAGGAGGAGAGUUUCUGCGGCGAGAAAGAUCCUUGUUUUGAUCUCUGCACCUUGGUACCGCUUUGUAUGGUCUGCGCUGAUGCUCUUGUCAUGAGACAUAUUGAUCGAUUCUAUUCCGAGUUUGUGACAUUCCUCAACGAUCUGCAAAUAGAUAAAUUGCUGAUCAUUUAUGACUUAUGCAAUCGUAUUCCAUCAACCGUUGAUAGGUUGAAAGAACUGCUAGGAAAAUACUUUACACGUGUUGGUCUUAAAACUAUCAAUCAAAUUGCUGAUAAGGCCGAGAAAAGUCCUAAGCUAUUUGUUGGUACAAUAGUCCAGCUUCACGAUAACUUUAGCAAAUUAGUAAAGGACUCCUUUCGGACAAAUAACGAAUUUAUGACAACAAUGGAGGUAUCAUUCACUGAAUUUGUUGCCGAGAAUAACAUAACAAAUGGAGGAAAAACGGAGGCAAAAUCCUCUCGUUUGAUUGCCAGCUACUAUGAUCAACUAUUAAGGAAAGGUAUUGCAGCAGAGGAAAGGUUAUCUGGACUGGAAAAAGCUAUGAUUGCCUUUAAAUAUAUUCGAGACAAGGACACUUUCAAUGACCAUUAUCAAAAACUUCUCUGCAAACGUCUAAUAUACCAUCUAAGCGUUGGUAUCGAGACAGAAAAGGAAAUAGUGUCUAAAUUACGGGAGAAAUUCCAAUGUCCAAGAGUCUUUGAAUCAAUGCUCAACGAAACACACAAGAGUGAGAUCGAGAUGGAAGACUUCAAAAAAGAGGACAACAAUUCUCUUCCAGUCCUAGAUUUCUCUGUUAUCUUGCUUACUGAAAAAGUUUGGCCUUUUCCCAGCACUUCUAAUUUUUCCUUGCCUACUCAACUUAACGAUUAUGUCAAUGCCUUCGGUGUCUUCUAUAAAAAGAAAUAUAAAGAUAAGCGCAAACUCAGUUGGAUUUACCAAGUCUCGCGUGGAGAAUUAUCUUCGUUAGAUGGAAUAUUCAACAAGAAAUAUGUUUUUUUGUGCACAACACAGCAAAUUGCCAUUUUGAUGCUCUAUAACAAAUACGACUCUUGUAAACUUGACAAAAUUGCCGCUGCAAUUAAACUACCAAAUAACCAAAUAAUGUCACUGCUGCAAGUCUUAUGCAAAACUAAUUUGUUGAUCGAAAAGGAUUUGGGCAACUUUUGCCUUAAUAACGAGUUUAAAAGUGAAAAUACAAUAAUAGACUUGAUUCGUGCAGUGGCUACUACUAACACUGGAACUCAAAGAAAGGGAGGAGAAGUGCAAAAACUCAAAAGGGACGUAUUUCGGGAGUCUGUCCUCGAAACGGUUAUUGUUCGGAUAAUGAAGGCCCGUAAGAAACUCAAACACAAUGAUUUGGUUUCUGAAGUUACAAGCCAGUUAAAUAGUCGAUUUGUUGUGAAAGCUCGGAUGAUCAAGAGUUCAAUUGAACAACUUAUCAAGGAGGAUUAUUUGAAGCGUAGCGACAAUGAUAAUAACCUCUAUGAGUAUGUCGAAGCAGUACCGGAAGACGAAGAAUAA